AAUAAAAGGUAUCAAAUAAAUUGGGUAUAAAAUGGUUUAGAAAAGGUUUUUUAACGACAUUUGUCCGGAUAGGCGCAUGCGCAGGACCAGAGAACGGCCGCGUGCCUGGCGCCAAAAUUCGAAAAGCGGAGGGGAGUGUUCUGUUGUUGACAGCACCAGCUCUCCUUAUAGCGUCGUGGUUUUUACACGUUAUUACAACAUAUCGAAAAGGAUUACUUUGGAAAUACUUUGGGAAAGGACAACGCAAAGAUGCACAUCAAAUCUAUUAUCUUAGAAGGAUUCAAGUCCUACGCGCAGAGGACAGAAAUCAACGGAUUUGAUCCGCUCUUCAACGCUAUUACUGGACUUAACGGGAGUGGAAAAUCCAAUAUUCUCGACUCGAUAUGCUUUCUAUUGGGGAUAACCAACUUGUCUCAGGUGCGAGCGGCCAAUCUCCAGGAUUUGGUGUACAAGAACGGUCAGGCCGGCAUCACCAAAGCCACGGUGUCCAUAACAUUUGACAACGCAAACAAGAGCCAGAGUCCGCUUGGGUUCGAGACCCACGACGAAAUCACGGUCACAAGACAGGUGGUGAUAGGUGGUAGGAACAAGUACCUGAUCAACGGGGUGAAUGCCAACAACACCAGGGUACAGGAUCUGUUCUGCUCUGUGGGACUCAAUGUUAACAACCCCCACUUCCUCAUCAUGCAGGGGAGAAUCACCAAGGUUCUGAACAUGAAACCGCCUGAGAUCCUAGCCAUGAUAGAGGAGGCAGCAGGAACCAGGAUGUAUGAGUGUAAAAAGAUCAGCGCCCAGAAAACCAUUGAGAAGAAGGAAGCCAAACUCAAAGAAAUACAGACGAUCCUUAAUGAAGAGAUCACUCCUACCAUGGAGAAGCUGAAGGAGGAGCGUUCUUCAUACCUGGAGUACCAGAAGUUGAUGAGGGAGAUAGAACACCUGAGUCGUCUGUACGUGGCCUGGCUGUUUGUCUGCGCUGAGGAGACCAAGGUCAAGUCAGCGGAGGACCUGAAGGUAAUGCAGGACUCCAUCACUCAGCUGCAGGCCAGCAUGGCAGAAAACGAAAACAAGGUCCAGGAACUCUCCGCCCAGAUACAGGAACUGCAGAAGAAGAGGGACCAAGAGGUUGGUGGAGUGCUGAAGGGUUUAGAGGAGACUCUGUCUGAGGUCCAGAGGGUCGAUGCUAAAGCCCAGAGUGCUGUGGACAUGAAGAAACAGAACCUGACAGAGGAGACCAAGAAGAGGAAGGAACUGGUGAAGAGCAUGGAGGAGGAUAAGAAGAUGCUAGUUGUUAAGGAAGGAGAGGUAUCCAAGGUAGCAAAGAAGCUGUCUGCCCUACAGGAGGAAGGUCAGAAGGACAGCGCCGCCCUAGAGGCAGCACAGAGUCACUUCAAGGCUGUGUCCGCAGGGCUGUCCACCAAUGAGGACGGGGAAGAGGCCACGCUCGCCGGACAGAUGAUGACCUGCAAGAACGACAUGAGUAAAGCUGACACCGAGGCCAAACAGGCCCAGAUGAAGCUGAAGCAUGCCCAGCAGGAGUUGAAGGCCAAGCAGGCGGAGGUGAAGAAGAUGGACUCUGGUUACCAGAAAGACCAGGAGGCCUUCAACACUGUCAAGAAGAACAAGGAGAAACUAGAGGCUGAUAUGGAGAAACUACAGUACCAAGAUGGGAAGGAGGAGGGUCUUCUGGACAGGAAGAGACAGCUGAACCGUGAGGUCACCACCCUCAGAAAUACCUACGAGAGUCUGAUGUCCCGCUUCCCUAACCUACGCUUCGACUACAGUGACCCAGAGCGUGGCUGGGACCGUAGCAGAGUAAAGGGACUCCUAGCUAACCUGAUAACAGUCAGUGAUGUGUCCUACUCUACUGGACUAGAGGUGGUGGCUGGAGGGAAACUCUACAAUGUGGUGGUGGACACUGAGGUGACAGGUAAGAAGUUGUUAGAGAAAGGAGAGCUGAAGCGUAGAUACACCAUCAUCCCACUCAACAAGAUCUCUGCCAGGACACUUAAUGACAGCGUGGUCAACACAGCCAAGAGUCUGGUAGGGGAGAAGAAUGUCCAUACAGCUCUGUCUCUGGUUGGCUAUGAGGCAGACCUGAGGAAGGCCAUGGAGUACGUGUUUGGUUCUACGUUGGUGUGUGAUACAUUAGACAACGCCAAGCGAGUGGCCUUCGACAAGAGAGUCAUGACCAAGACUGUUACUCUGGGGGGGGACGUCUUCGAUCCUCAGGGGACGCUGAGCGGAGGAGCCCGUUCCCAGUCAGCCUCAGUGUUGUCCAUUCUCCAGGAGCUGAGAGAGGUUCAGGACAGUCUGUCAGCCACAGAGACGGCGCUACAGACCCUGGACAAAGAACUGGCUGGUCUCAAGGGGACUGCUGAGAGGUAUCGUUUGUUAAAGCAGCAGUUAGACAUGAAGACAGAAGAGUUAGACAUUCUCCAGGCUAAACUCCACCAGAGUUCCUUCCAUAAACAACAGGAAGAACUGAAGAUGUUACAGAAGACCAUCGAGGAGUGUGAGGAGACCCUGCAGAGCAGUAACGAGGUCCAGAAGAAGGCAGAGGAGAAGUACAAGGUGUUGGAGAACAAGAUGAAGAAUGCGGAGGCAGAGAGGGAGAAGGAACUGAAAGCUGCUCAACAGAAAGUCAACUCUGCUAAAACCAAGGCUGACGCGUUCAGUAAGAAACUGAAGGAGAGACAACAGGAGGCUGAGUCCCUAGUCCUAGAGUUGGAGGAGUUGAAGAGGGAGCAGGCUGGCUAUGAACAACAGAUCCUGGCAGUAGAUGAAGCCAUGAAGACUAUCCAGGAACAGAUAGACAACAUGUCUACCACCGUGGCAGAGAACAAGGAGUCUGUGCGUAAGGCCCAGGAGGAGUUGACUAGACAGAAAGAGGUGAUCGUAUCCCAGGACAAAGAGAUCAAGGGUAAGAGUACAGAAGCUAACCAUAUGAGAGAGAAAACCAAUGAGUCUCAGCUGAAGAUUAAAGAGUUGGAACACAACAUCAGCAAACACCGUAAAGACAGUCAGGAUGCUGCUGCUAAGGUACAGUUACUGAUCAACAAACACCGUAAAGACAGUCAGGACGCUGCUGCUAAGGUACAGUUACUGAUCAACAAACACCGUAAAGACAGUCAGGACGCUGCUGCUAAGGUACAGUUACUGAUCAACAAACACCGUAAAGACAGUCAGGACGCUGCUGCUAAGGUACAGUUACUGAUCAACAAACACCGUAAAGACAGUCAGGAUGUUGCUGCUAAGGUACAGUUACUGAUCAACAAACACCGUAAAGACAGUCAGGAUGCUGCUGCUAAGGUACAGUUACUGAUCAACAAACACCGUAAAGACAGUCAAGACGCUGCUGCUAAGGUACAGUUACUGAUCAACAAACACCGUAAAGACAGUCAGGAUGCUGCUGCUAAGGUACAGUUACUGAUCAACAAACACCGUAAAGACAGUCAGGAUGUUGCUGCUAAGGUACAGUUACUGAUCAACAAACACCGUAAAGACAGUCAGGAUGCUGCUGCUAAGGUACAGUUACUGAUCAACAAACACCGUAAAGACAGUCAGGAUGCUGCUGCUAAGGUACAGUUACUGAUCAACAAACACCGUAAAGACAGUCAGGACGCUGCUGCUAAGAUACAGUUACUGAUCAACAAACACCGUACAGACAGUCAGGAUGCUGCUGCUAAGGUACAGUUACUGAUCAACAAACACCGUACAGACAGUCAGGACGCUGCUGCUAAGGUACAGUUACUGAUCAACAAACACCGUAAAGACAGUCAGGACGCUGCUGCUAAGGUACAGUUACUGAUCAACAAACACCGUAAAGACAGUCAGGACGCUGCUGCUAAGGUACAGUUACUGAUCAACAAACACCGUAAAGACAGUCAGGAUGUUGCUGCUAAGGUACAGUUACUGAUCAACAAACACCGUACAGACAGUCAGGACGCUGCUGCUAAGGUACAGUUACUGAUCAACAAACACCGUAAAGACAGUCAGGACGCUGCUGCUAAGGUACAGUUACUGAUCAACAAACACCGUAAAGACAGUCAGGAUGCUGCUGCUAAGGUACAGUUACUGAUCAACAAACACCGUAAAGACAGUCAGGAUGCUGCUGCUAAGGUACAGUUACUGAUCAACAAACACCGUAAAGACAGUCAGGACGCUGCUGCUAAGGUACAGUUACUGAUCAACAAACACCGUACAGACAGUCAGGACGCUGCUGCUAAGGUACAGUUACUGAUCAACAAACACCGUAAAGACAGUCAGGAUGCUGCUGCUAAGGUACAGUUACUGAUCAACAAACACCGUACAGACAGUCAGGACGCUGCUGCUAAGGUACAGUUACUGAUCAACAAACACCGUAAAGACAGUCAGGAUGCUGCUGCUAAGGUACAGUUACUGAUCAACAAACACCGUACAGACAGUCAGGAUGCUGCUGCUAAGGUACAGUUACUGAUCAACAAACACCGUAAAGACAGUCAGGACGCUGCUGCUAAGGUACAGUUACUGAUCAACAAACACCGUAAAGACAGUCAGGAUGCUGCUGCUAAGGUACAGUUACUGAUCAACAAACACCGUAAAGACAGUCAGGACGCUGCUGCUAAGGUACAGUUACUGAUCAACAAACACCGUAAAGACAGUCAGGAUGCUGCUGCUAAGGUACAGUUACUGAUCAACAAACACCGUACAGACAGUCAGGACGCUGCUGCUAAGGUACAGUUACUGAUCAACAAACACCGUAAAGACAGUCAGGACGCUGCUGCUAAGGUACAGUUACUGAUCAACAAACACCGUACAGACAGUCAGGACGCUGCUGCUAAGGUACAGUUACUGAUCAACAAACACCGUAAAGACAGUCAGGAUGCUGCUGCUAAGGUACAGUUACUGAUCAACAAACACCGUAAAGACAGUCAGGACGCUGCUGCUAAGGUACAGUUACUGAUCAACAAACACCGUACAGACAGUCAGGACGCUGCUGCUAAGGUACAGUUACUGAUCAACUCUGCUUUCUAAUCUCCAUUUGAUCUGUCGUCUCCUAAUCUCUUUAUGUUCAUAUUCUGUCUGUUUCUAUCGAUCUGUUUGUCUCUUCAAAGGAGAUC